CCAAGUACUAAAAUUUAAAGAAGUCCCUUUUAGCUUACGCGGCGAUUUCUCCAUCGCUUCAUCCUCUGCUAACGCUAGGCGUCUCCUCUCAAAAAUGCUCCGUUCCUUUCCAUCUCAUCGUCGUGCAAAACUAACAACCGCCGCACUCUUACAUCCGAUGACUACUACUCGUUCCCUUUCCGCCGCCAAUCCCAACAUCCCUCUUCCUGAAUCCUACACAGUCACACCUCCAAUCAAGCCCUGGCCACAACGCCUCUACCCUAAACGCCUCGUCUCAAUGAUCACUCGCCAACAAAAUCUGGAUCUUGCCCUCCAAAUCUUCCACUACGCAGGCAAAUAUCACUCCGGUUUCUUCCACAAUUACGACACCUAUGAUUCCAUUAUCCAUAAGCUGUCUCGUGCUCGCUGUUUUGGCCCAUUGGAAGACUUGCUCUUGGAGUUGCAUAAAGCUAAAAUUAAAUGCGGAGAAAAUCUUUUCAUUACUGUUAUACGCAAUUACGGCCUCGCCGGCAAGCCCGACUUGGCCUUCAAAACUUUUAUCCGCAUCCAAGAUUUUAACGUACAGCGUUCAGUGAGGUCGCUAAAUACACUAUUAAAUGGUUUUGUGCAAAACAAACGGUACGAUUUGGUGCAUGAUGUGUUCAGGAAUUGCCGGAGCAAGUAUGGAGUCGUGCCCAAUGUUUUCACCUGUAACAUUUUGAUUAAGGCUCUGUGCAAGAAGAAUGACAUUGAAGGUGCAACUAAGGUGUUAGACGAAAUGCCCGCCAUGGGUAUGAUCCCUAAUGUGGUCACUUAUACAACAAUUUUAGGUGGAUACGCUUCGCGCGGUGAUAUGGUUAAUGCUAAGAAGGUUUUUGGCGACCUUUUCGAUAGAGGGUGGUUGCCAGACGCAACAACAUAUACGAUCUUGAUGGACGGGUAUUGCAAACAAGGGAGAUUAGUCGAUGCUAUUAAACUCAUGGAUGAUAUGGAUGGGAAUGGUGUGGAGCCAAAUGAUGUUACUUAUGGGGUGAUGAUAGAAGCAUUUUGCAAAGAGAAGAAAGCCGGUGAAGCACGUAACAUGCUUGAUGAUAUGCUUGAGAAGAAGUACGUACCUAGCUCUGCUCUUUGUUGCAAGGUUAUUGAUGUGUUAUGUGAAGAUGGGAAGGUAGAGGAGGCUUGUGACUUGUGGAAGAGGAUGUUAGCGAAGAAUUGCACGCCAGAUAAUGCAAUAACGAGCACGCUCAUACAUUGGCUAUGUAAGGAGGGUAAGGUAUGGGAAGCGAGAAAACUAUUUGGUGAGUUUGAGCGAGGUUCAAUCCCAAGUCUUUUGACAUAUAACACGCUCAUUGCAGGGAUGUGUGAGAGAGGAGAAUUGAGUGAGGCUGGGAGGCUAUGGGAUGAUAUGAUGGAAAAGGGUUGUAAGCCUAAUGCUUUUACAUACAAUAUGCUGAUUAAGGGGAUCUCUAAGAUUGGGAAUGCCAAGGAGGGUAUCAGGAUUCUUGAGGAGAUGUUGGAUAAAGGAUGCACGCCUAAUAAAUCGACUUAUGCUUUAUUGAUUGAGGAGUUAUGUGCAAAGGGUAUGGAAGGAGAAGUAGAUAAGGUUGUUUCGAUGGCCAUGGCAAGUGGAAGAAUUGAUAGAGAUUCUUGGAAACUCUUUUUAGACAAGGUCAUUGGUAAUCUGGAUAGAGGGACAGAUGCUCUUAAUGGAUUGUUAGUGGAGAAUUCCUAGUAGAUAUAUUCCUUACGGACUGCAUUAGAGUACUAAACAUGGUAAGUUAUCCUUUCUGCACGUUCUGUUUCAUACUUUAGUGGAUGAUAUGAAGAGGCUGGAUGCCUCUUUCAAAGUUACUAUGGCUGCUAUUCCGAGCUAAUGGUUUCAAACUAACCAAUGCAAUGUUUCCUGCUGCUCAUUACAUAUGCCGAAGUAUUCAAUGCAUUCAGGGAGGGUGUUAGUUAAGCGUAGAUUUCACUGUACAUGAGCAGUUUCUGACAGUUUGGAUUUCACUUAAACGAGAUCUGAGAGCAGUUUGUCACGUGGCAGAAAGUGUCUACUGUCUAGGGAAAUUCUAUGUUCAACCUUCCCUUGCCUGGUGAACCGCAGAGCAGAAACCUGAGGAAUUUGCGCCCGUUUUCGCUUUUUAAGAAUGCGCAGUUCUGCACUUGUGAUUUUUUAGAGCGUACGAGCUUAUUGAAUGGGUUGCCAGGUUUCAAGUAUAUGAGCAGCAUAAGUAUGUGAUCAGUUAAGAAGCUAUUUCGAUUUGUCGUUCUUGAAUUCGGAUAUUUCUAUUGAAGAUUCCAGCUCCUGAUACUUUGUCAAGGGCUGCGCAAUGUGAAGACAUGACUCUCUGGUUAUGUAAUUACUGAGAAAAUGCUUCUUCCAUAUGCAGAAGAUGACACACCAGUUCAAAAUUUUAGAUUAAUUUUUAAAAAAUUAAUUAAAUAAACAUCUUUCUCUCUCUAUCUACUUUUAUUUCGCAUCUACUAAUAUUUUUUGAAUUAUGAUUAAGAAAGCAAU